AUGGGCGGAUCCGCCGCAGGGGGUGGAAAUGCACCCCCGGUCACGAGUUCGAAGCGUGACUAUAAGGGCUUUGUUGCUGGGGUAUUUUCCGGUAUUGCGAAGCUGAGUGUUGGACACCCAUUCGAUACCGUGAAGGUCCGUCUACAGACGAGUAAAGAUGGACAUUUCAAGGGACCGUUAGAUUGCGUGCUACAGACAGUGCGGAAAGAGGGCGUGAGUGGACUAUACAAGGGAGCGACGCCGCCGCUGGUCGGAUGGAUGGUGAUGGACUCUGUCAUGCUCGGUUCCUUGACACUGUAUCGCCGAUUGCUCCUUGAAAACGUAUUCUCCAGACCUGAGAUUCGCCGCAUAACACCCUUUGCCAAAUACCAGGACCAGGCCACACUGCCCAGCUUUGGUCAUGGAAUUGCAGGAAUUAUGGCGGGAACGACGGUCAGUUUCAUUGCCGCGCCUGUAGAACAUGUCAAAGCGCGGCUGCAGAUUCAGUAUGCGGCCGACAAAUCGAAGCGCAUGUAUAGUGGGCCGAUCGAUUGCAUUCGUAAAAUUCUUCGCACGCAUGGACUCGGCGGCUUAUAUCGUGGCUUGUGCGCUACGAUCUUCUUCCGCUCCUUCUUUUUCUUCUGGUGGGGAUCCUACGAUGUGCUCUCCCGGUGGAUGAGGGAGCGUACGAACCUAUCCACCCCGGCCAUUAACUUCUGGGCCGGCGGUAUCUCGGCGCAGAUCUUUUGGAUCACAUCGUAUCCGUCUGAUGUGGUGAAACAGCGCCUUAUGACGGACCCGAUGGGCGGUGCUCUGGGCGACGGGCAGCGACAGUUCCGGUGGUGGAAAGACGCAGCGGUGGCGGUUUAUCGGGAACGAGGGUGGAGAGGAUACUGGAGAGGGUUUGUGCCAUGUUUCCUGAGAGCGUUCCCGGCGAAUGCCAUGGCUCUGGUUGCAUUCGAGGGUGUGAUGCGGUGGCUGCCCUGA